GCACCAGGCACCCUAUCCAUUCCUCUUCUACCGCCAAACCCCUCCGAACGCUCUGCAACAAAGGGCAAAAUAUUCCACUUCGGAGGGAGGAUCUGCCCGACCCCACCCGGCAAUGUCCACUUUCUUGUAGCCGAAGCUCUCAAUGCUCGGCCCUCGACCUUCCGUAUAAACCCACUCAGCGUUAUCUUCAGUAUCCACCACCAAUGGAGCUUUCUUCUUCUUUUGUUAAAUUCUCAUCCUCUACUAAUUACUAUUUCUCGUCUUCUUUUACUCCAUUUAUUGUCAAACUUCACCCCAAUAGUCUCAAUUUCCCGAACCCCACAUCGGGAAAUUUGCGUGUUUUUGCAGUUGCAGUCGACCCACAACAAGAAUUGCCCAAAAACCACCCUCAAAGACUGCUAAAAGAGCUCGCGGAGCGAAAACGAGCCACUUCUCCGAAGAAAAAGGUGCCCCCAAGAAGGUAUAUUCUUCGGCCGCCACUGGAUGAUAAGAAAUUAGCGGAAAGGUUUCUCAAUAGCCCUCAAUUAACUCUUAAAUCAUUCCCAUUAUUGAGUUCUUGUUUACCAUCUUCGCGGCUUAACAAUGCCGAUAAAACUUGGAUGGACGAGUACUUGCUGGAAGCCAAACAAGCCCUUGGAUACCCCCUUGAGCCCUCCGAUAGUUAUGGAGACGACAAUCCCGCAAAACAAUUUGACACUCUCUUAUACUUGGCCUUCCAGCAUCCCUCAUGCGAAAGAACAAAGGCACGACACAUAAGAUCAGGGCACUCCAGGCUUUUGUUUUUGGGGCAAUAUGUGCUCGAAUUGGCGUUAGCAGAGUAUUUUUUACAGAGGUAUCCGAGGGAGUCGCCGGGUCCAAUGAGGGAGAGGUUUUUUGCGUUAAUUGGGAAGAGGAACCUUCCAAAGUGGAUUAAGGCUGCCAGUUUACAGAACUUGAUAUUCCCAUAUGAUGAUAUGGAUAAGCUGAUCAGGAAGGACCGUGAACCUCCUGUGAAAUCUGUAUUUUGGGCAUUGUUCGGGGCAAUAUAUUUAUGUUUCGGAAUGCCAGAAGUGUAUCGGGUCCUUUUCGAAGUGUUCGGAAUGGAUCCCGAUUCAGAGGAAUGUGAACCGAGAUUACGCAGGCAACUUGAAGAUGUAGAUUAUGUCUCUGUUGAAUUCGAGGACAAGAAGAUCAGCUGGCAAGAUAUGAUUACUUAUAAGCCUCCAGAAGAUGCUCUAUUUGCCCACCCUAGGCUCUUUAGAGCCUGCGUCCCGCCUGGCAUGCAUCGAUUCCGGGGUAAUAUUUGGGAUUAUGAUAGUCGACCUCAAGUCAUGAAGGCACUAGGAUACCCCGUUCCUGUUACAGAUAAAAUUCCCGACAUCACCGAAGCACGAAAUAUCGAACUCGGACUUGGAUUGCAGCUUUGCCUUUUGCACCCAUCAAAAUACAAGUUCGAGCAUCCUCGUUUCUGCUACGAACGAUUAGAAUACCUCGGCCAAAAGAUCCAGGAUAUCGUAAUGGCGGAGAGAUUGUUGAUGAAGCAUUUAGAUGCUCCGGGAAAGUGGUUGCAGGAGAAGCACCGGCGUUUGGUGAUGAACAAGUUUUGCGGGCGGUAUUUGAGGGAGAAGUAUCUUCAUAAACUUAUCGUGUAUUCGGAACAAGUUGAAGAUGCAUACGAGAACAACCGGAGGCUUCGAAACCCAGCAACCACGGCUGUUCAGCAAGCCCUUCAUGGACUUUCUUAUGCUGUUCAUGGAAAGCCUGAUGUGAGACGUCUCAUGUUUGAGGUUUUUGAUUUUGAGCAACUCCAGCCUAAAGCUGUUUGAGGAUCUACAAGGAAAGGUAGAUGAUGCAAGCAAAGGCAGAUAUGUGUAUAUAUAUAUAUAUGUAUGUAUAUGUAUAUAUGUAUAUAUAUAAAAUAUUGGGCAAUGUUUUUUUAAAACUUGUCUCCUGCAAUAUUCUUUCAAUCCAGUUGCUGUCUCUUCUGAUA